ACGGACGGAUGGAUGGAUGGAUGGAUGGAUGGAUGGAUCUGGGCUGGUUAAACGGACGAGGGCACAUAUUAUAGGCCAUUAGCUCGGCGCCGCUAAUGUAAUGCUCGGCUCUAACCCCGCAUCCGAGUCGCAGACGCGGAGUCCGGUUCGCGGGGGAGGUGACAUUACAGGUCAGCGCCCGGGCCCAGGGUCCAUGUUUACCAUGAUCAGGAAGGAUGCGUCCGUCCGCGGCUUGGACGUGGAGUUCGAAUUCGAAAUGCUGCAGGUCGUUCUGGGUUCGGGGAAUAUUCGACGAGGAAUCUGCGCUCCGGUGGGGCUCUGGUUUCCAGGGCACUCGUUUUGGGCGAGGGGAGGGAGCGCGGCCACUGGGCGGCAGGCGGGAGGGAAUCGGGGGCCGAAUCGUCUCCGGCCCUUGCAUAUGCUUCAAAGGCCAGAAUGGCUAAGGCGAAUCUUCGCUGUGCGUCAGGCUGUCUCGAUGUCUUGCAGAACCCGGGUACCGGACCUGGCGAACGCGUGCGAUUGAGUUCGGAGUACUGCUCAGGCGCCAUUCGUGCCCUGGUUUUGUAUGUUCGUUCUCACGAAGACAGACCAGCGAAAAUAUAUGUUCUGCUUUGUUGGAGUGCUGGCUGGCUUCCUGUGGACAACUCAGUUUCACUACACACAACAUGUCCCCCGCCUCAAUGUUCUCGCUCUCUUCGAUAUCAUUCACUCUCGAUUCAUUGACCCCACCGAAGCCUUCCUCACGAGCAAUCAUUAACCCCCAUGAUCACGUCCCAAAGUAGACAAGCGAACAAUUCCUUUUGUGCGCACAUACAUUUGUGGUGAAAUGAUAUAUGGAACCUCAAGCUGGAACAGAACCGGAAGAUUUCAGCCACACGAAAGCCGGUAUUCCACAAGAAAAAAGGUCACUUGGAACUAAGAAUUCAGAUACAUCUUGUUACUCUUACAUACCUCCAUAGUCAUUUCAAAUUAACUUUAUAUGUUUCAUGGACUGGAAAGAAUAUCUGAGAGAUUGCAAG